AUGGCGUUGACCUUGAGCGAAGGCCGCCGUCGACUCGCUUCUGGUCGAAGGUACGUUUCAAUGGAACAAGGGGAGCGUCGGGUCGUCUCUACUGGUACUACAGACUCCACAAGGGAUACUAUGAGAAAGAAAAGCAUUGCGCCAUUCCUGGCAUCUAAUCGUCAAUCAUCUCGAAACAGAUCCCCGAAACCGAGUUUCACCGCGUCUUAUGUAGAACCCAGUGCUUUGGCAAAUGAGCAGCCUCACGAAGCUGAUUCUGCCUUGUUGGAUACUGUUUCGGAUGUUGAUAUGGAGUUUACCAACCAAAUCUCUCCCGCCACUGCAGCCCGUGUGGAAAAGGCGAAGGUAUUCUUUGAGCUUGCCCACGAGCAUCGCCGAUUGCUAUCACAUUUGCCGCCCGUGCGGCAUCCUGACAGGCGACCCUCUUCCCAGGCUCCUGAAGCAAUGCAGAAAGCCUACAAUCCGCUACAGUAUGUACGCAACAGGAAGCUACGGGUAUGGGAGAAAACACCCAUUGACGGGGAAAUGCAAGGCUGGCAUGAUAUUCAAAAAGUCCGGGCAUGGGUUGAUGCAGUUGUUUCGAGCAAUGCACAAACGCACCAUGAUGCUGACGAGUGCAUUCGCUUACCUCCGCUCGAUCAACAAGCAGACGAAAAAGAUCAAGACGAUCAAGACGAUGUUCCUGACGAUAUGAAAAAGGCUACAUCUCCCCGGCUGCCUGAUCAAUUCCACCCGAACCAAAUCCGUCCGCGAUCUGAUUGGGUAACACAUCCCGCUGACAUGAUAGCUGAUGCGUACUGGCUGGAGCAGGGAAUGAACAAAUCCAAGAUCCAGGAUCGGGAUAACAAUUUGAUAUAUCCUCCAAACACUCACUUCAAAUUUUCUGGCUGGCGCAACAAGACACCUGUUGAUAUACCAACUAUCUUGCAACAACCGUCUCCUCCUGUUUCUGAGUACGAAGAACCUGAAUCGCAGCCUCCGUCUGCACUUCCAGAGCUGCCCACCUUCAAAUCAGCGAAACACAAACACAAUGGUCGACACUAUAGUCGUCGGAGGGAUAGAUUGAAAGACACCCUGCAAAUAAAGGACGGAAGCAGCUCUCGGGAACGUUCGAAAAUGAGGCGGAAGUUAUUUCCAGAUAGCAGUGACACCGACUUCUCCGACACUAGCUCGUCCCCAGAUGAUGCUGCCCUCGAACGUGGCCGAAAACGUUUGCGCCGGCGGAAAAACAAGUCACACAAUUCAGAUGAUGUUUCACCCUCGAAUGUCAAUUCAACCAACAUCAAGCAUAAAGGCUCUGCUCACCCGCAUCCCGCAGCUGAGUCUAGCCCAGGAUCAUCGGCACCUAACUCGAAAAGGUCAUCAGUAGAUCAUUCUGCCUUGAACAAGUUGUUUGUUCGUGAUAGCGUUAAAAAGAUUUCAUCACACCCACAAUCUCGCAUCCGCAAUGGGAAAUCACCAUCAGCAAGCUCCAGAAAAGGACCAGUCCGAUCGAGUCUUGAUAACGAGCAUCCUCCUCGUAUGUCCGCAGACUAUGACACCACUACAGCUCCUAGUUCCCCAGCAGGAGUCGAAUGGCCAAGUAUAGCAAUCAAUCUCUCUCCACCCCCCAGUCGAAGUACUUCACCAAUGCGAAAACAAAGAUCAUCAUUAUUGCAUCCGUUCCAUCGAAAACACAAGGACACCGAUAAUGUCAGUACCACUGAUUUUGCUCACGUCAUCCCAAGCCAACCUGGUAGCGACGUUGAGAAGCAAUCGGACAAGCAUUCCGAGCCUUCGCAAGAUUCUCGAGGUACAAGCCCCAUGACAAGAGGAUUGAGUCCUUUAUCCAAGAAUCGAAUGCACACAACGCAACCCGAGGACUUGGCACCACAAUCUUCGAACGAGCACAGACCUAGUAUUGCUAGUAAAGCUAGCACAAGAUCUACAGUUCCCACUGGAGCGGACCACUCUAGGAUUCGAGGUAUCUUCAAAGGUGGCCGCAUAGCUGAGCUUGUUGGCCACGAAGUUUCUAGGGUUGGGGAUUUCAUCUGGAAACGCGAUCCCCCUGGUCCGUACAGACAUAGGGUAUCGACGUCAGACACCAGUCUACGAUCCUAUCCUGACUUUGAUCAUGAGCAAGAACCCCACGUCAACGGUGCUCUGCUCAAGACUCCACCGCCGCCAGUAACCAGAUCAAGGUCUUCAACCAUUUCAAGCACGAAAAGCGAUCGACUUUCGCCAGUGCAAACUCGGACCAGUCCACCGUCAAAUGAAAAGCCCAAGUAUAACAACCCGAACCUGCCUAGCUUUACAUCGCCAUUCCAAAAAGACAGAGAAGAGCAGGGGAGAAAACAAGCUCUGCUGACUCCAGGUGCAGCAGUGGGGCUCAUGUCACCCGAUCAGUCUGGCCAUUCCACAGAUGAGCAUCAGACAGCAUCUCGGUCUCCUCGAAUGCGUAUGGCCCUACCUAAGCUUGAUACUGCGAAAGCAAACACUCCUAUUGAAGCUAGCCGUCGGCAGAGCUACGGAUUUUCGCAGGCGCUUGAUUUAAGCAGGUCUCGUGAUGCGUCUAACCUGUUGAACACUGCCAUUGGCCCUGUGGCUAUGCUAACAGACCUUCACCCAACGCGAUCCGCUGGUGAACUUAUGCUAGAGGAUCAGGGUGGACAAGGACAAGAGCAAUCCGAGCCCGCACAUAUCACAUGGAGAGAUAUUAGACGUGCAGAAGCUCUGUUAUACAGUUCGACUGUAAAAGCACGGGAAAUUGGACGUCGUGCAGAGGAUCCACAAACCCAUAUGCCCAAGUUCUUAAUCGAUUCGUUCGCUCCUGAGAAUCUGAAUUUGCAUUCCAUCAAGGCCCUCCGAGUCAAGAGGCGUGAGCAGCAUGUUGUGGCGGCCAAGAACAUCACAGAGACACUGGAGAAAUAUUCAACAAGCUUCAACUACAAAUUGCACUCAUUCACAGCAGCCCUGGCACCGACUUUGCACAGGCAACUUCAAAUGCUCGAAGACUCUGUUGAGAACACACUGACUCCUCAAGUCCGUAUCACUGCAGAUGCAGCGGGUGAAUUGAGCAUCAAACUGACCACGGCAAGCACUCUGGCCGUGAAGGGUCUCAAUGACUCGAUUGAUGCCGCUUUUCGCAGACGAAAACGGGGUCCCUUUAGGGCAGUGAGGAAGAUAUGGUUUGCUCUGAUCGAGUGGGGCGUUGUCGGACUGUUGUGGUUCAUCUGGGCGAUUGUCAGCUUUUUCCAAGCGAUAUUUUGCACUUUCAGAUUUAUCAACAAGACAACCAGAUGGCUACUCUGGAUUGAUUAA